AUGAAUCUAGCCUUUGACUCUUAGGCUGUUGAACUUUUAACAAAUUAUGAGGACCUUCUAAAUUAGACGCUUGAUCAAAGCCAACUUGAAUAGAUAUGUCAUGAACUCAUAGACACCUUCUUUCUAUACAUAGAGGAAAUGUAAAACUAUAAAAGUGAAAUAUGUCUCGAAUUGAAAUCAAAGCAAACUGAAAUCGACAUGCUUCACUUACAAAAUACUAAAUAAAUAAAUCAACUCGAAGAUCAAAAAGGAGAUUUAACAAGACAGAUUGAAAUAUGCUAAUAAUUAGAAUUAUAGUUGUAAUGCUCUGAGAAGAAAACCUAGAAAUCUGAAAAAGAAAUCCUAUAAGUCGAAGCUGAACUCAGAAAAAAACUUCAUCAGCAGAAUCAAUAAUACAGAGAUCAAAUUUAAAUCCUAACAAGUGUGCAAGAAGAGAUAGAUAAACAGAUUCUUCAACUCUCCAGAGAGAAGGGAUAACUGUAAUUAUAAUUCGAACAACUCUAAAAGAAAUAUGAGGAGUAGUAAUUCUUAAUUUCAAAUUUGACAGAAUAGUUGGCCAAUUUACAAACAAAUUCAAGUUUCAACACUAAAAUAUAGCAAAAUAAUGAUGUUGUAAUGGAUAGUUAAGAUGACUCUAUUGAAAUUAAGCCUCAAGAAAAAAGAGGUUUGUAUUCAAAUUGUAUUUCACAUAAUUAAAUCAAUUUCAAAUGGGAAAAAAUUUAACCUAGUAUAUCAUCCAUUCGGAAUUCGAUGACAGUUAUCAAUCCAACCAAUACAGGAUGUGACUUAUAAUCAAGACAAAAAAUUAAAUCUUUGGCUCUUCUGUACAAUAAACCUCAGAAGCAAUGUGAUCCCUAUUAUGAAUUUUUUAAAUUGAUUACUCAGUGUGUCAAGUUAGACUUGGGAUAAGCCCAUAUAUUUACAAUGAACUUUGAUUAUCUUUUUGAAAAAUUUAAAAAUAAUUGUGUUCCAUUUAAUCAAUGGUAUAAGAAAAUACUUGAUGAGAUUUUUACAUGA